AGAAUUUGAUCCCUGUUUUUUUGAAAUAAAGAUUUUUUAGUAUUCUUCAGUUGGUUGUUAAUUGAGCAUGUUCCUUAAUUUAUUUCUUGGGAAAAUCAUGAAAAUACUUCCACAAACUGUUUGGAGAGAAAGAACCUUUUAUCAGAAAUAGGAGCUGUUUUUACUAGAAUUUUUUUUAUUGCCAGUAAUGAAUUAAGGGGUUUUAAGCAUGUGAGCAUGUGUUCCAUAGAUGAUCAAGUUGUUCUUGAUUAGUAUUUAGUAUAAAGUUAUAAGCUUGUUUAGAUCUAUGAUAACACUGAAUGCUUUAGAAUAGAGGCACAUGAUUAUCUCUUUCAUCUGAAAGUAGUGGGCCUCAUUUAAUAUAGCAAUAAAUAUGGAUGUGGUCCAUGGUCCCACAAGAAGAUAAAGAUAAAAUACUUAGUUGAAACCUCCUUUUCACCUCCCUUUUCUUUUAUAUUAAAUUUGGAUCCCAUCUUUGUCAAUCUUUUAUGUUUGAUGCAUGACUCACACAAGUUGCAUUCAAUCACCUCUUAAGGUCGCUUUUAUUAUUUUUGGACUUUAAUAAAGCAAUAGGCUUUAGGUUAUAUUGACUUUUUAGCUUUUCUUUGUUUGGCUCUUUUGUUAUUUAACCUUCUUUCACUUUGAAUCUAUGGCCACAGUGAAUGAUAUUGAUAAUGACCAUAGUGUAGUUGAGUGAAUAAGACGAAAACUGGAUUACUUAGUUGGAGACCAUAUAUUUAUAUGCAUAGGCUAAUACUCUUAUAUAAGGAUGUAUAUAUACAUGCAGGUGCUUAGGUGAGUACUUGAGAAUAUGGCAGUGUAAAGUAUAAUAUCUAUGACCACCAACCAUAAAGUGUGGUCGGAAUUUUCAAGAUGGUGGUAUUACCACUCCUAGGCCAGCUUGCAGAUGAGUAUGGGCGUAAACCACUCCUACUUAUCACUGUAUCUACUUCCAUAUUUCCUUUUGCUUUGCUUGCCUAUAACCAAUCAAGAGAAUUUGUAUAUGCCUACUAUGCGCUCCGUACAAUUUCAUUUAUUAUAAGUCAAGGAAGCAUUUUCUGCAUUGCUGUUGCUUAUGCGGCAGAUUUUGUCAAAGAAGGCAGGAGGGCUGCAGUAUUUAGUUGGAUAACUGGUCUUUUUUCUGCUUCUCAUGUCAUAGGAAAUGUUUUAGCACGUUUUCUGCCUGGGAAAUACAUUUUUCUGGUUUCAAUUGCUCUCUUGAUCUGUUGUCCACUUUAUAUGCAAUUCUUUCUACUUGAGACGGUUGAACGGAAUCAAAGGAGGGAGCAAAAAUCAACUUUCUUAGCUAUGACCAUGAAGGUUUUCCAUACGCGAUAUAAAUCAAUGGUAGAUGCUGCAACAGUAGUCUUUAGCAGCCCCACACUUAGAGGAAUUUCUUUUGUUUCCUUCUUCUAUGAGUUGGGAAUGUCCGGCAUCAGCAGUGUCUUAUUUUACUAUCUCAAGUCAGUGUUUGGUUAUAACAAAAAUCAAUAUUCAGAAAUUCUCUUAAUGGUGGGAAUUGGCGAAAUCUUUUCUCAGAUUUUGGUCCUUCCUCUUACCAAUCCAUUGGUUGGUGAGAAAGUGAUACUGUGUCUAUCCUUACUUGCAUCAAUAGCUUAUGCUCUUCUAUAUGGAUUGGCAUGGUCGUCGUGGGUGCCAUACUUGAGUGCUUCAUUUGGAGCAAUUUACGUCCUUGUAACCCCUUCUACUUAUGCUAUUAUUUCCAAAGCCUCAAGCUCAACUAAUCAGGGAAAAGCACAAGGAUUCAUUGCAGGUGUGAAGUCAGUAGCUAGUUUGUUAUCCCCUCUGGCAAUGAGUCCAUUAACUUCACUGUUCCUUUCUGGCAAUGCCCCUUUCAACUGCAAAGGUUUCAGCAUCAUAGUUGCAUCUGUAUGCAUGAUAGUCGCUUUAGGCUUUGCUUGCCUGCUUAAAUCAGAGCAACAGUUAACUAGGACCUCGGAGGAAGAUAUUGAAACCCCACUCUUAUCUGACAAUCAACUGGCUGCCUAACUUGUUAGUUGUCCAAGGAAAAUGAUGUAAAUAUCUAGAAUCAUUUCUUCAGGUAAAAUUGUUUUUCUUACGCAAUGUCCCCAAAGUUCUGCAAGUGAACAAUGUAAAUUUUAAAGGAGGGAAAUUGUAACAAAUACACUUGUUUAAUGUAUUCUUAUGAUAUUAAUUUUA